GUAUGACCUUCUGCGCAAUUCACCUACGCAAUGAUUUCCCUUGAAGAGCAGAGAUCUCUGGCACUACGUACGAUAAUAGGUGAAUUUCUGUUGUACAAGAACAGUUUUGUGUGGAACAUAUUGUUCAUCAAUUUGGAACUUCUCUUUGGAUUUGCACACACGGUAGAUAAAGAUGCACGCCAUUCAUAUUCUAUCGUCAUAGCGGUGGUAGCCACUUUCAGUAAUGCGGAUAUUACCUCCCUUGAGGAGAAGGUCAACUUGAUAUCUUCCAUGCAGACUUUCGUCCUGCAAGACAUGAUGUUAAUUAAAGGCAAGCUUGCCAACACCGAUAUGAAACUCGACCAACUCUUUGAUCGAAUCGACAAGCUUCAGUCGACAGAACAUGUAAGAGGAUUUACGGAAGGAGACAUAGAGCAAAUAAGCGCCAAGGUGGUUCAACAGGUCUCCGAGCGCGUUAAUCUACAACAGAUUGGGAACACUUUAUCCGGGGUUUCUAAAGAAACAGCUGCUAAACUUGAAGUUCUCGAAAACAAAGUUAAUGAAAAUCACAACGCCGUUAAUAGAUUGGGAGCAGAUAUGACAACUGUGUCACUAACUUUAACCAGAGUAAAACGUGGUUUUGCAAAAGAAAAACUUUCGUUGGUAAAUGAAGUUAGUGAGCUAAAAGAGACUACUGCCAAUGUAAAGAAAGCCAUCGACGAUAUUUUUGUAGAUUUCAAUAAAACCAUUAAUAACAUGGAGCAUAAACAAACUGAGGUUACAACAGAACUAAAAACUGAUAUUAAAACAAUGGUGACUCAAGCCUCUAAUAACAUCGCAGAAAUUGUUGAGACCGAAUCACUAAAGGCAACACGUUUAUUACAAGACACGUUAAACUACUUUGGCAACAACGUGGAACAGCUAUUAAGUGAGAUUUCAUCUGUCCAGGUUAACAUUACGUCGAAAUUAGAUGAUAGAGAGGGUGAAGUCAUUAACGGGCUUGGCAAUAUUUCAUUAGAAUGUGUUAAACUAAUCGGUUAUCUUAACAAUCAUGAUGAGAAUAUGAUGUUGAUGCACAGGUUUGGUGGCAUCCGUAUAAUAGAUUUUUUCCAUUCCGUUGGUUCAACGAGUGUACGGCGUUUUCACGUGCCCGGUGCCAAGGCAAGACUUGCCAAUGCCACAAUGUAUGACCCAAACAGUGUUCAGGGUCGACUGGAGAUUAACGUGAAUGGAGAGUGGGGGACAGUGUGUGAUGCGAAUUUUGGUACUAAACAUAGCCCUACUAGUACUGAGGUAGAGGAAGAGAAAGUUGCUUGUAGGACACUGAACGCGGGGUUCACCAAAGGGCUGGCCCUGCCUAACACUCCGUUUGGGCAGAGUACGGGGCGAAUGGUGAUGGAUAAAGACUGCGAUGGCCAAGAACAUUCAUUGUUUGGUUGUAGAUACCAUGGGAAUCCCACCAAUUGUGGGCAUGAAAGGGAAGUACACUUGCGAUGUUUUGAAUAAAGUAUCGGACAGGAAACUGAACGUUUGCUACUUGAGUAAGGGCUCUGAUUUGGACAGUGAUAAUAUAUGUAUUGUACAGACUAAACUUAUAGACCGGAAGUUGCGGUAGUGCCACUUUGUGAUGUUUUUGAAUAGUUGUUAAAGUUUUCCUUUAUAAAAUUGGACGUGAGUUAAGAAAAAACAGAUUUUAUAAAUAAGUUUAAACGUAUACAACAGUUUCACAUAUAUGAUUCAACGUAUACCUGUGAUUGCUAUGUAUAUCAUAUGU